GACAGAUAGUUAGUAGAGUAAAUGUCGCCGUUCGUGUCGGGUUAUAUAACCGCACCGUGAGUCCAUCCGUCCGUCUGCUCUCCGCGUCCACACAGGCCGACUUCCAGGCGCACAGAUGGGGGAACAGCAGCAGAAGAGCCCCGCCGGGGUGAAGUACUUCCGACUGUCCGAGAUCGAGGAGCAGAACUCCUUCAAGUCCACCUGGAUCAUCGUCCACCACAAAGUCUACGAUUUGACCAAGUUCCUGGAGGAGCACCCCGGAGGAGAGGAGGUCCUGAGGGAACAAGCGGGAGGAGACGCGACGGAGAGUUUCGAGGAUGUGGGACACUCGACGGACGCCCGUGAGAUGGCGAGCGGCAUGGUGAUCGGAGAGGUCCACCCGGACGACCGACACAAGCUGGUGAAACCUCCGGAAAGUAUGGUGACGACUGUGAAGGACGAGAACAGCUGGUGGUCUAGCCUGGUGAUUCCUGCUCUGGCGGCGGCCGUCGUCACGCUGAUGUACCGCAUCUACACAUCAGAAUGACAUCAUCAGACAUGCAGCUGUGAUGUCAUCAGCAGGCUCUAUGGUCCCGUGUCCCGGCGUCUGAUUGGAGCGAAGGUGGCAGAGGCUCCUCCCAGCGCAGGAGGUGUUUGUGGAGCAGACGAGGAUCCAGAGGAGGCGUCUGCUCCACGAACACCGUACCCACAAUCCAUUUCAGCCUGUCUAACCAAUCACACGUCAUUUAUCCUGUUGCCUUUUGAAACACCGAUGUUUAUAGAAUCUGUCUGAUCUGAAGCCGUGGAUGUAUAAUUUGUUCUUUUUCUAUCCGUUGGUGAACGUGAAGCAGCUCUGAUUGAAGGAAGUUAAUCACGAAUCAGCAGGAAAAAGGUGAAAUCUGAAGAAAGACACGUUUGUCUGAAGCUGCAGAGUCGAGAGAAAUGAGCGAACAACUAACCAGAAUCCAGCUUUUCUGUUUCUCAACCAGCUGCAGCAGAUGGAUUAAUAAUGCCUGAAUUGUAUCUCCAGAUUUACUGCAUUUUAAUAUUUUAUUUCAAGAAAAUCACAGAAAAAUGCACUAGAUUUGCCAAAUCCUGCCUCGAGAUCCUGAUCGCUGGUUUAAAAAGCAAAAUGCACAAACGGCUGGUAUAGUUUUCAGGUUUUCAACAAAAACGUGCCUUUUCAGGGGCGGUUUGAUUCCUUGAACCAGAACCACGUGUAACCCUGCUGCUGCUUGUUUAUGCAAUAAAAGUGAUUCAGAAUCUAUC